CAGACCGCAGCAAGACACAGACACGUAGCAGCUAGAGACUUGGGAGGGGGACUGAUCCUGUGAAAUGUGGAGUGUCCUCAGUGCCACCUGGUCUCAAUGAGAGACUACACCGGACCAUCCGUGCAAAUGAAGAUGGACUGCGACCGUGGCAAGUCAUCCAAACCCCAGGGUGUCAAAGUGAGCAAAUCAGUUUCCACCAUUUGCUCUUCCUCAAGUAAUGCCAACUGCCAUGAAAGCCACCCCAUCCAAGGCCCUGUGAGGCAACCUCAGGGUAGGAACCACAGUGAAAAACUGGCCCCGUCCCCAGAUGUCAUGUCAGCUGCUGCUAGAAAGAGUCAAAUGUCAGACUUCUAUAAUGGCAAUAUGGCCUGGGGGUGCCCCUCUCAUGCCUCAGAGGAGCUCCACCAAACGGUUGAAAAGGAGAGCCAGCAGAAUGGGGAGACCACUCCGAAGGAAACCAUGGCAACAAAGAGAAUAGCCAACGCCCCCAAGGAUUCCCCCAUCAAGCGUACUUUCCUGUUUGGGGCAAACAAAAUUGACAAUGGCAGCAAGGUGACCCUGAAGAAAUCUACCAUCCAUAAGCCACCUGAGAAGGGUUGUUCUCCGCUAGCUGUUUCCAGAGAAGGGAUGGAUGGCCUGAGAGGAGAGAGACAGGCAUGGUCCAGCGUGACCCAGAGAAAGAAAAGGGGAGACCUUUUCCCAGACUCAAAGGUUUUCAGCCACAUAGAUGCUCAUGUUCUGCGUGUAAGCGAGCAGAUAAAAUCAAAGCCAGCUUUGUCGUCAGUCCAGACCAUUGUUCAGCUGAUUACUGAUGAAGCCCAAAGCAAGCUGGAGACCAUGCGAGCAAUAUGGAUGUGGUUGUGUCACAAUAUCCGAUAUGAUGUGGAUGGCUUCUUAGGGUUAUCUCAGAAGAUCCAUACCCCAGAACAGGUCCUGCAGACUGGAAGAGGCGUGUGCUCUGGUUAUGCCAAUUUAUGCCAAGAAAUGUGCAGGGAGGCAGGUUUGAGCUGCGUUGAAGUGUCGGGCUAUGGGAGAGGUACUGGAUACCAACAAGGGCAAAAACGCCAACAAAAGAAAUCCAACCACAUGUGGAACGCAGUUCAGCUGGAAGGGCAGUGGUACCUGCUGGAUGCAUGCUGGGGUGCAGGCACUGUGGAUGCGGAGAAGAGAUUGUUUAUACCCAGGUACGAUGACUUCUUCUUUCUACCCGACCCUGAGGAUUUCAUUGAGACCCACUGGCCUGAUGAGCCAGAAUGGCAGCUUGUGCAGCCGCAUGUCUCACUAGAAGACUUUGAACAGAGUGUUUUUAAAACAUCGGAGUUUUUCAAACUGCAGCUCUCCCUUCUCUCUCCAAACCGCUCCCUUCUCAAAACAGAACACGGGGAAGCAACAGUGUCUCUGAGGAGCACACAUCCAGCAGAAUUUAGCUACCAUCUUUCCAAGCUCUGUGGCGACGUUAGCCAAGAAGUGUUAGGCACGACUCACGGGAUGCUGACGGUGUCCGAGAAGAGCAUGACUCUCAAAGUUUUCCCCCCUACUGAGGGCUUGUUUGAGCUGAUGGUCUUUGUGCGCCCGUCGGACGCUCAGAACCCCUAUAGCUGGGUGUGUUCCUAUCAGAUCAAGUGCCUGGAGUCCCAUAAGAAAGAACUGCCUGAAAACCCCUUUCAUUUCUGGGGCCUCCAUCCGAAGGGGAAAGAAUUUGGGAUUGAGGAGUGCAACUGCGGAGAGGACUUGAUUGUUGUUCCAACAGGAACUUUGCUGUUGACGCUACAGACAUCUAGACCCUUGCUGGCCACGUACCAGCUGGUGAAUAAAGAUCUAGACACCUCCCUGAGCACGAAGUGCCUGGCCUCUCAAGCAGAGGAGGAGAAGCUGAGUUGCCACGUGCUGUGUCCUUUUCUGGGUUACUACAGGCUCUCGGUGUUUGUGAAAGAUUUAGGAGGUGACCUGUUCAAAAAUGCAGCCAAUUUCCUCAUUCGUUGCUCUGGUUCCAUCAACCAGAACGAGCUCUUCCCCUCUGGCCUCAGCAUGCACUGUGGGACAGGGAUCAACACCGGCUGUAGGGGCUUUUCUAACCCCAGCCACCCUGCCCCCAUCAUCAACACCAACCAGGGUAAGUGCAACAUCACAUUCCACACCCGGGCGGACACCGAAGUGGCCGCCAUCCUGAGUAAGGACAAAGUCACCAACAUGAAGUACCCCAUGGAGAGAUAUGUCCUGCUCACCCAUCUGGGAAACAAGGUCAGCAUCUGUAUCCUGCUUCCUGAAUCGGGCCUCUACAAAGUAGGGCUCUUCAGCAGGAACCAGGACCACAAGGACUUUGCUCAUGUCUGCGACUACGUUGUCCGCUGCUUUUCCGAGCCACAGUGGCUUCCGUUCCCCCGAGUGUACAGCACAUGGAGGAGAGGCUGCAUCUUGCUACAGCCCAGGACGGGAGUGCUCCAGGAACGAAGCUGGAUCAGGUUCAGAGUCAAGCUGCCAAAAGCCUACAGAGCUCUCGUGGUCGGGCAAUCCAGGACUGAACUGCAGCCAACUCGCAGCAAGAUCUGGGAGGGGGAGGUGUACACCGGGCUCGCUGGGACUAUGCUCAAGCUGGCAGUGAAGUUCAGCCAGCAUUCCACCAGCAUGGAUGUCAUCCUGUUGUUCGAUGUGGAAGGCAGCUCCCCCGGUGCCGAGGGGUCUUCAGGGUAAAUGGUCCAGAGAUACAGGGAAGCUGGAAAUGAUCAGGAGAGUGAUGGAAGCAAUCAAGAAGCUCUCAAAAUUGAGGGGCUCUGAUAAGAGACAGAAAUAAGUCCAAAGUACCUGCACAUCAGGUGGAGUUGCAGAAUUGUACAUUGCACAUCACUUCCCGCAAGAUAUCCUUAGAUGCUUACAGAUGAUGCAGCAAUUUAAUUAGAACCAGAGCACUGAAGACUCCUAAUAGUCUACAUGUAUCGGGGGAAACCUUUGUUCAAUGCCUCUCCAGGAAGAUUGUUUUACUGCUUAUUACCAGAUUGAAUAAUUGUUCAGCAUGUUUUAUUUGACAUUUCUUCAAGAUCUUGGGAAUUAACAGGGUUUUCGUCCUCUUAAGAGCAAAACAAAAACAAACAACAAACUACAACAACAAAACCUGGAGCCAAAAGCAUCAGGUGGUAGCAAUAUUUUUAAAAACAUAAAUAUGUAUAAAGGAAGUUAAUCAUUUCCUGAUGGAGUCCAUACUAUUAAGGGAGAAUGUGUGUCUUUUUUGACUGCUGCUUUAAAAUUUCUUCCAGGAUCUGAAGAAUGGAGUCUACCAGUUCUUCACUAGCCAGCACGAUGUGUAAGUGUUCUGUACAUGUGUGUGUGCUGAGGAUUUGGAAUGAGAGCUGGGAGGGGGUACAGCAGUCAGGAAAGCAGUUCCUUGGCCUAGAUACAUCAUAGAAAUUAAACAGCCUGGUCAGAGAAGCAAUUAUAAUCUGACACGUGCUAACAGACACCCUUGUGGCAGAGCUAAGAACACUGCACCGGCAGCUUGCUACAUAUAACAGAAUGGAUUCUACUAGUCUCAUAUUCUUCCAGAACACGUGUAUCAUUUAUAAACACAUGGACACAGUAAUUACAUCACCAACCACCAAAAUGCAGCCACCUCUGGGGUGGUGCCAGACAAUGUAAUGUUGCACAACAAUAUUAUGUGACAGUUUUGGAUAGGAAGAGCUGGCAAGUAUAUCCAGCUGCACUUCCAGAAGGAAUCUUUAAAACAGUUUAGCUAGGCAUUUUCACCUUGUUUGGAACAUAGGAAAUUACCCUCUUUUAGAAGCUGCUGUUAUUGCUGGAGGACUAGAGCGGGCAAGAGCGACGUAGUGGGUCUCUGCACAACAUCCAGUGAAACCAUCUCCACACCCACUCUGCACUGAUGUUUUAAAUGGAAAUUCUGGCUGCAAUCCCUUUGCAUGAGUUCUAGGGUUAUUUCGGGAUGCUUUUAAAGAAACAGACAGGGGGCACUGUCCACUGUUAUUCAGAGGCAGCAUAUUCUGUUUGAUUUACUGAAGAAGUUGGAUAAAAAUGGCUUUUACUUAACUUCAGCCGGCUUUUCCGGGGCAUGGAAAAUAAUCAAACAUCUGAGCUGGUACAUUGGUGAAGGCCAAAGGUCCCGUUUUACAGGAGCUGAAGAACUAAUUGGGAAAGCACAAAUGUCCUGUAAUAAUAGGGAGAAAAUCCUGCCAAGGAACAUGAUACAAGGCUAAUUGCGAACCGAGCUGGAUCUGCCUGGGCAGCGUACACAGUGCCAACAGGCUAGAGGCACAGAGCAGCUGGCAAGGAAGGUGGUGUGGCUGUGAUGACAAGUGUCUGUCAAAAACGUACAUCUCCCAAGAUGCACAUGGGCAUUCAUUACACAGACGCUGCUCACACUUACGCACAAUCCCACUGGCUCUCAGUUCGGUGGCCUUGUAAGGACAGAACGAGAAUGGUGUCACUUUAUACCAGCUGUGGAUUAGGGCCAAUAUUUCCCCCCCUCACUCCCCCAAUCAAUUGAAGAAGAGGGAAAUGAGCUGCCUAAACAGGCCAGACAAGGUGAGCAUAACGGUCCUUUCUGGCCUUAAAAAUCUCUGAGUCACCGAGGACAUUUGAUGUGUGUCAUGUUCCUGCAUGCCUCUGUAUAAAGGAGAUCUGUCAUCUCCUUUGUGCACCAAGCCUGCAUGGUAUUACGCUUCACAUGAAAGGCUCCCCCUUCUGCUCUGAUCCCUGUCUCUCUCACAAAGAUUAUUUAAAAGCGCUUAAAAUUGGAUGGUUAGAGGGGAGUACAGAACUGGACCAAAAGGGCAACAGAAAAAAGGGGUAUCUAGUCAGGAAAAGAAAUGAUCUCGUAGGCCCCAAUCCUGCAAGCGGAUCUACCCAGGCAGAGAUGGCUCAAGAGGCGACAUAGCCUCGAGCUUAGAGUGCCGCCCUGUGAGUCACGUAGGCUGGUUUCUGGUUCCAGCUCUCCCAUUUAACUGGUGUGUGACCCGGGGCAAGUCCCUGCAUCUCCCCGUGCCUCUGUUUUCCCUCCUGCUUUUGUCUUGUCAAUUUUGUAGACUAAGGCCAGAAGGGCCCAUUAGAUCAUUUAACCUGACCUCCUGGAGAGCACAGGCCAUUCCACUUCACCCAGGCAGCCCAGCAUUGAGCUCAGUAACUGGUAAGUUUGACUAAAGCACAUUUUGGGGUUGGCCAAAGCACAUCUUCCUGAAAGGCAUCCGGUCGCCAUAGAUGGGGAAUUCACCACUUCCUGUGGUAGUCUGUUUCAGUGGCGAUUCACCCACACGGUUAAAAAGGUGUGCCUAAUUUCUAGUUUGAAUUUGUCUGGCUUCAACUUCCAGCCAGUUCUUGUGCUGCCUUUCUCUGCUUGACUAGAGAGCUCUUUCGUCCCUGGUAUUUUCUCCCUGUGAAGGUACUUUGACACUAAUCAAACCAUUUCUCAAGCUUCUUUUUGAUAAACCAAACACACUGAGCACAAAGUCUCUCACCAAAAGGCAUUUUCUCUAACCUUCCGGUCAUUUUUGUGGCUUUUUUCUGUAUCCUCUCCAAUUUUCCAAUGUCCUCUUUAAAACGUGGACAGAUUUGUGAUGUUGGCAGACCAGGUGCCUGCUCAUGCGAAGGCCCCUGGGCCUCUGAACACUGACAAAAGUAUAGCUGGAAUCCAGACUGUCU